AUGAAAACUCGUAAACUAUAUGGCUUAAUAAAGAAGACGUAUUAUGAAAAAAAAAAAAAUCCAAUUCUUUAUUUCUUUUUUUUGUUAAUACCCUUUUCUUUAAUACUUUUCCACUUGUUCUUGAGGAACUUAAGUGAGAAGUAUUCGUUUGAAUUAGCUAACCUUUUUUCGGAAAAUGACAAAAUCGAUUUAAAUGACACCAUAAGGCAAUAUGUAUUGUUUAUGAGCAAUGAUUUGUGCUCAAUGGAAAUAAAUGAUACUAUAUAUGUGAAUCAUAUAUGCCUUACACCAUCCUCCCAAAUUAUAAAUGAUUUUUUAAAAUAUGCCAAUGGAAAUGAUAUGAAUAUUUUUCGAAUAUAUAAUAGCGAAGAAGAAUGUGAACAAAAUUUUAAAUAUGCAAUAUUUCUUAAUGAAAAUGAUGUAAAGGGUUUAGGAAAAAACCCGGAAAAAAAUAACACCAAGUUAAGUUACCAAUCUAUUGAAUUUAAUAAUCAAAUAUUAAAUAAUUAUAAAAGUAAAAUAAAAGACAGCUAUCAAAAUGACAAUAAUGAACUUACUAUUGACGAUUUAUAUAAAAACAUAUAUUCAGAUAAAGAAUAUGAAAAAUUAUUAAAAUUAAAAAUAGACCAUCAUACAUUAAAUAUGAUUAAAAAAACAAAAUUGUAUAAAAAAUUUAUAAAAGAUAUUAGAAGUAUAAAAAAUGAAAGCCAAUAUAAAGAAUUUGUAAAUGAUAAAAAAAAUAUUUUAUUCUUUUAUAAUUUUGUGAAAAAUGAUGUUAUAGAAACUAAUUAUUCAUGUGGACUAUUAGGUAUCGAAAAUCUUAAAUAUGAGUCAAAAGAAAAUGAUAAAAAAAGGAAACCCAAAAUAUUGUUUUCGAAUUUUAUUGGAAAAUAUUUAAAUAAGUUAUCGGAUCAUAAAAAAAUAAAUCAUAUUAAACAAUCAAAGGAGCAUUACUCUGGUAACGCUCAAAACAUAACGAACUUGUCAAUAACAUCAAAAUUAAAUUCAACAAAUUAUAAACAUGGAAAUAACUUCAGAUUGUACAAACAUAAUAAUGGAAACAUAAAGAAUGUUAAGAAUGAUAAUAAUGUUUCAAUAGUUCAUGAAAAUUUAAAUUUCAGAAAUGAUGGCCCUAUAUCAAAUAUAAGCUACAAAAUCAGAGUAGGCGAUUAUGCCCUAUUAAAUUCAAAUGAAAAAAUAUUUUUUAAUGAUAUUAAUAUAAACUUAAAACAGAAUUUUAUAAAUUUUAACACAGUUGAUGAUUUAUCGUUUAACAUAUAUUUUAACGAAUGGUAUUAUAAUAGUUUUUUUAUAGCUCUUGAAUACCAUUUUAAUUAUUUCCUUUUGAAAUAUAAUAUGUUUAAAAAUAAUAAAAAUGAAGAAUUUAGAAAUUAUAUUGGCAAAAUUAACAAUAAAAAUAUUGUAUAUUCACAUGAAGAGGCUAAUGAUGAUGUAAAAUAUGUUACAAACUUUUCGCUCGAAAAUUUUUAUUCUUAUAAAAUGCCUAUGAAAAUUUUUAAGAUUAAUGCAUUUGAUGCUUUAGAAAAAAAUAUAUUUAGAAUUGUAAUUUUUUUAUGUAUUUGUUUAUUUAUAAUAAAUAUUUGUUUUGAUAUAAAUAAGGAACGAAAGAUAAAUAUGGAGAAUUUUUUGUUUUGUAUAAAAGUAAAUAAAUAUUAUUAUUAUUUCUCAUGGUUAUUAUUUUAUUUUAUAGUAUUGUUUUUUUAUAAUAUAAUAUUUACAUAUAUAAUAUAUUUGUAUAUAUUUAAAAAAUUAAUAAAUUAUUUUAUUUUAUUUUAUUAUAUUUAUAUGUUUAUAAUGAAUAGUUUAUUAGUUACAGUUAUAUGUGUACAUUUUUCAUAUAAUAGUGCAAUUAAUUAUAUAGCUUCAUUUUUGUUAUUUUUUCUUUUUUCUACAUUUCGUUUAAUUAUUCAUUCUGGGGCAAACAAAUUAUUGAUUUCAUUAGUUUUGUUAAUUCCCCAUUCUUCAUUUUGUUUAGCAUUAGAUUUUAUUUUUAUAUUAAUUAAAAAUGAUAUAAAAAUCAUGUUUAAUGAAAUGUACAUAACUAUAGAAGAUAUAUGUUUGAUGGACCUUGUUAUAUAUCCAUUUGUUUCGUUCAUUAUUUUAGUAUCUAUAUUAACAUUUAUUAUAUAUAUCAAGAGCAAAGAUACAAUCAAUUUCAGUUUUAAGAUUAUCCCAUUAAUGAAAAAGACAAAUAUAUAUCGCAAAGAUUAUAAUACCGCAAUUAUAGAAGAUAAUAAAACAGAAAAUAAAAAUAUUCACGAUCAUAUAUACAAUUUAGAAUUUGAUUCAGGGCAUACAAAUACAAAAAAUAAAUAUAUAAACAAAAAACGAAAAUUUAUAAAAACAGCUUAUAAUAAUGAUGAUGAAGCAAUUGCAAAUAAUAAGUGCUGUUUAUUUAUUAAAAAUGUAAACAAAUUUUAUGGAAAAAAACAAGCAUUAAAAAAUAUUUCUUUAACAUUGAAAAGCAAUCGAAUUUUUGUUUUAUUAGGAGAAAACGGAUCUGGAAAAUCCACUCUUAUAAAUAUAAUCACAAAGAUGAUAAAUAAAGAUAGUGGAGAAAUAUAUUUUGUUAAAAAUAAUUUUAAACUAAGAAAAAUGAAAGCUGAAAAAAAUAAACACGAAAAUGCAGUAGGCAUAGACACUGUGUCAUAUAUAUCACAACAAAAUAUACAAAAAAAUAAUAAAUAUAAAAAAAAAACAAAUGAAAUGAAAGACUUAACAGAUAAUAUAUCUCUAAAUAUUAAUACAAUAGAAACAAAUUAUAAAUUAAGCAACUUGGAAAAUGCUAAUAAAAUAAAAAAUCGAAAUAAAAAAGAACUAGAAAUUAGCUUUUGUAGUCAAAAUGUAAUAUUAUAUGAUAAUUUAACCUUUUAUGAAACUAUUAGAACAUUUUUAUUAUAUUAUAAUAAAGAUGUUAAUAAAUAUUUAAAAAAGAAAAGAACAUUAAGCAUGUUAAACGGUUUAGAUUUAUCUAAAUAUUUAAAUGAUAAGAUCAAAAAUUUAAUAGAUGAAAUAAAAAAAAAAAUAUCAAUAUUUAUAUGUUUUCUUGUAAAAAGAGAUAUAUAUAUUUUGGAUGAGCCUUUUAUAGCUUUAGACAUAAAAACAAAAACGAAGUUAUUCAAAUUUUUUGAUAAAAUAAAAAAAAAUAAUAUUAUUUUAAUAUGUACUCAUGAUAUUUAUGAAGCUAACAAAUUCGCAGAUGAUAUAGCUGUUAUUAAAAGUGGUGAAAUUAUAUUUAAUGGUGGAAAACCUUAUUUUCAAAAUAUAAUAAAUUAUAAAUUUAUUCUUAAUGUUCGAUUUAAUUGUUUUUCAUAUAAUAAUAAUGAUAAACAUGAUCAUAUUUCAACAAAUGAAAAGAAUCUUAUUUCAUCUAUUUCAAAAGAAAUUAAUAAGAAUAAUGAAAAUUUCAAACCCUUAUUAAUACAUGAAGACAAUGUAUUGUUUGAUAAAAAAAAUAAAAAAUUAAAAGAUAAAUCAAAAAAUACAAUUUUUGAUAUAAUUAAUGGGGAUAUAAAAAAUGAUGAAAAUAGUAUAGAAUCAAUAAAAAAUAGUUUUAUAAAAUAUAUAAAAAGUUCACGAGAGUAUAAUAAAAAUUGUUAUAUAUUUUUUAAUAGAAAUUAUAUUUAUUGUACCUAUAAAAUAAACGAAUUAGAUAAAUUAAAAAAUGUGAUAACAAUUUUAAACAAACUAAAAAAUGUGUUACAUUAUGAAUUAAAAACUAUAGAUAUAUAUUAUACAUAUAUAUAUAUAUAUACAUAUAAUGAAAAAAUUAAAUUAUUAAAAAAUAUUCAAGAUAAAGACGUUAAGAAAUUAAUUAAAAUGGAUCCACUUUUUUAUAUGUUUUAUUAUAAUACCCAAUGUUUUAAUAAUAUAAAAAACCAAUUAAUUAUGGAAAGUAAAAAAAAAGGAAAUAAAACGAUUACCGAUUUUGGAUACAUAAAUGAUAUGAUUCAAGGGACGAUAACAGAAAAUAAUACUACGAAUGUGAAAAACGAUUUUAAUAAAGAAACGAAUAUUCAUUUUAGGAAUGUUGAUAAAUUAAAUAAAAGCUCAGAUAGCCAAUUAGAGAAAGAAGAAUAUACAGAAUAUAACAAAUAUUAUAAUAAAAAUAAAAAUUAUAAUACAUAUAAAGAAAAUAGUGUCAAAUCUGGAGCUAAUAAAUUAAAUUUGGAAAAUUCAGGAAAAUAUAAUAAUUAUGAUAAUUCAAACAGUUAUGAAAUAAUAAAAAAAUUACAAAAUUUUUUUUCAGUAUAUAUUACACCUUCUUUAUUUUUAAAGUUGAAGAAAGACUUAUCAGAAAUUAAUUUUUAUUGGUAUAAAUUUCUUGUCCCACUUUUAUUAUUAUCAUGUGGGUUACUUAUAAUUAAAUGUGUAUCCCUUUUUGGAAAAGUUCAAUACAUCAAAUUAGAUAAUUCAACAAUUUCUUCUAGCCAUUUAAAAGAAAGUAUAAUAAAUUAUGGAAUUAUAUAUAAACUGAAAAUAAAUGAUAGUGAAGAAUAUAUAUAUAACAUUCCAGAAAUAGAUAAAUAUGAACAUAAAAAAAAAAUGUUAAUCGGACCGUUCAAAAAGUAUUUCAAUCUUUAUAAAGAAAAUAGAAAUAAUAAUUAUGUAAAAAGUAAGUCUAUAAGUUAUGAUAAUCCAAGUGAUAUUAUUAAUAAUAAUAUGGGGAAAAAUUUGUUCGAUUAUUAUAAUAACACAAUUUUUACUCUUUUUAAAAAAUAUUCUUUAAAAGAAAACAUAAACUAUAUAAACGCUUAUAUUGAUGAAGAAAAUUUAUAUGAUAAUAUAAGUGAUUAUUUAGAACUGAGAUCAAAAGUAAAUGAUGAUUUAUCUUUAGGAAGUUAUGUAUUUAUAAUUAACGAAACUCAAACUAUUGACGUAAAUAAUAAUGUUCAUAGUAAUAUAGAAAUGGACAUAAAUUUAUUUCAUAAUUAUAUAUCUAUUCAUUCCUAUCCAUAUUACACUAAUUUAGUUUUUAACGUUUUAUAUGAUUUUCAAAAUAUAGUAAAUAACAGAAAUAGUCAACAAGAAAAAGAUUUUAAUGAUAUCGAAAUAAAUAACAACAUUCAUGGGGUGGGACAAAAUGGAAAAAAUAAUAAAAAUAUUUAUAAUGAGCAAAUGAACACAAAAAGAACUGAUAUAAAAAAUGAACCAUUCAGAAUAAAAUACCAUGAAUAUUUUAUUAGAGAUUUUUAUAUAAAUAUGUAUGUAUUUUUAUCAUUAAUAAUAUUUUUUUGCGUAUUUUUUGAGCGAUUAAAAAAUGAAAUCGAGAAUAGGAAAAUUUUUACUAAUUUUAAUGUGAAUAAAUAUAUACAUUAUUUUCAAAUAAUAAUAUUAGAUUAUUUUUAUUUUAUAUUAUAUAUAAUAUUUUUAUUUAUAGUAUUAUAUAUAUUUGAAUGUACAGAGUUUUUAUAUCCUUCCUUUUUCUUUUUUCUUAUGAUAUUUGGCUUUAACACAUUUUUAUCCAUAUGUUUAUUUUCAUCAUUAUAUUUAAAUAGUUAUAUUAUUUUUUUGUUUGUUAAUUUUAUAUUAUGUGGAAUAAUUAGUAUAGGUAUAUAUGUUAUAGUUCUUUUAUCGUAUGCAUAUAAUAAUAUAUUUUUAAUUAAAUUAUCUCAUAUAUUUGUAUGUAUAUUCAGAAUAUUAGAUUCAUUUUGUUUAUCUCAUGCCCUAAAUAUCAGAAGUUUGUGUUUAAAUUUAAAGAGAGAUUUGAAGGCUAUUGAUAACGAUACAAUUAUUAACACGCAUGUCAAUACCAGCCACUGGAAUGCUAACAAAUAUAAUCAAAGUGCAAAUUUUUUCCAAAAAAAUUUUCAAAACAAUAUUUUUGGUGGCUCAUUUAAUGAUAUAACUCAAACUAUUCCAGAUACUUGCUCAAAUGAAAACUCAUUUUUUAACGAAAGGUGGGAUUUUGUAUUUAUGUUUAUUAACUUCUCCAUAUACUUUUUAAUAUUAUUUUAUAAAUUAUAUAGAUUAAGAUAUUUCCAAAAAAAAAAGAAAAUAGCAAACCAAAAGUUACAAUCUACAUUUGAAGGCAAAUAUGCAUUUUUAUUGAACAAUUUUAAUUUGCUCAACAAAAAAUAUAAAAAUAAAAAAAGUAUAAAUGAAAAAAAACUAAACGACCAUACCACCGAAUUAAACACAUUAGAAGACAAGCAUAAUAAACAUUCCAAAUUUUUUACAGACUUUUCGAGAAAUGAUAAAGAAGAAAAAACACAUAAAGAAAAAAUAUAUGCAACUAGCAAAUAUGAAAACCCCGAAAUUCUAGAAAAUAAAAAUUCACAAGAAAAAUUAGAGAAAAAAAAUAAUUUGUUAAAAGAAAACUUAAAAAAACGGAAAAAUUAUUUACAACUAACUGAAAUAGAAAAUAUAGAUAAAAAAUCGUUACAAAAUAAUGUUAAAUAUAUAUUGAAAAAUAUAAAUAUAAAAAUAAAGCCCUAUAAUAUAUAUACAUUUUCUUCGGUAUAUAACAACGAUUUGAAUGUGCUUUAUUUAUUCAAAUAUUUUUUCCUUAAUAAUAUGAAUAAUAGUUAUGUAUAUGAAAAUGGUACAGAAAAUAACAGAGGAUGUUUUAUUAGUAAAAUGUUUACUAGCAAAAAUAGAAAGAAAAAAUUAUUUGAUAUAUUUUCAGAGAAAGCACAAAAAAAAAGUGAAAAUGAAUGUAAAUUAUUAUUAAUGCCAAAUAUGACAAUAUACGAGCACUUUAACCUAAUUUUCAAAUAUAAAAAAUUAAAUUUAACAGACAUCGAAUUAUUAUAUAUUAUUUAUACACUUAUGUUAUUAGUAAACUUAAAGUGUGAUGUGCAUAUAAAAUGCAACCAACUUAGUGGAGGUAUGAAGAAAAAAGUCAUUUUAAUGAUAAAUUUAUUAAGAAAUGAUGAUAUUAUUUUAUUAUAUAAAUUAAAUGAUAAUAUUGAUUUUUGUUCUCAAAUUUAUAUAAAUAUUAUUUUAAAAAAUAUACUUGAAAUGAAUUCAAUUCUCAAUUAUAUCACAAAUGACGAUAUUGCUAGUAGUAUGGAUUAUAGUGUAAUAGAUAUGAAUCAGAAAAAAACAAAAAUAAAUAAAAAUGGAAAACGUGGGAUUACAAACCAUACAAAAGAAAUUGGAAAUUACUAUAUUUCAAGGAAGACAAACAGUAGUGAUAAUAAUGUUAAUAAAAAAAAUGAAGGAGCAAAUAGUGUAAUACAAACAGGAAGCGACCAAAAUUUAGAAUGUUCAAUAUCAUCAAAUGUAAAUAGUAUAAAUCACAAUAUUAUUAAUAGUUUUAUAAAAGAAAAUAUUUUAAAACUCCAAUUUUCUGCAACGAAUUAUAUAAUUUAUACUCACAUAUAUACAGAUAUGUUAUAUUAUGAUUAUUUAUAUUUAUUUAAUAAAAACCAAAUUGCUUAUAAAAAUAAUGUAAAAAAUAUAAUUAAUAAUUUUGAAAAAUAUUAUUUAUUUCAAAUAAAAUUAAAAGGAAUAUAUACAACCAAGAUAUAUGAAUAUAUAGAAGCAUUUUUUUUAGAAAAUAAUAAUGCAUUUAAUAAAUUUAUAAAAGUAGUAAACACAUUUAAUAAAAAAAAAAACAUAAAUUAUAAUCAUAUAGAGCCUCAUUCGAUUUUGAAAUUCCUUGAAAAGUAUGCAAACAAGGCUAUGCUAAGUUUUAAUAAACUUCGCUAUAUUUUUAAAACAAAAAAACGAAAGCGUGGACAAAUAAAUGAUCAAAAACAUGUUUACCAUAAUGAUAUAAAUACACCAAGUGAUAAAAAUAAAACUUUGAUAAAAUACUCAAAACUUUAUAAAACUUUGAUUAAAUUGAUUGAUAAUAACUUUUCUUAUGUUCAUGUAUAUUUAAACGGAAAUAAAUAUAUAUCUGUUUUUGAAUUAUUUAAAUUUGCAUUAUGUCGAAUAGCAUAUAAAGAUAUGCGAAAGUUUUUCAUGAAAUACAAAAAUAUCAAAAUUCUUUCCUCUGAAAUCAUCAAAUCAGACCAAUAUAACUUUGUGAUUAAAAUAUUAGAAAAUGCCCAAGCAUUUAAACUAUUAGAAAUAAACGCGAAGCUCAAAUUUACAGACAACGAAUUCCAAGUGAGCCAUGUCAAUAUCGAUAAUCUUAGUGCAAAUGAUAUUUUCCUAUUGAUUUUGAAGACGUGA